CAAACAUCUAAUCCUGGAAAGGUUACCAAAGAGUCCUACGGCACCAAAACAAUUUUAUAUAGACCUAUGCGAUUCCAAGAUGGCAGCCUUCUUGCAAAAUGUUCAGAAACUUUUGCAACCCAGAAGUGUUUUGCUCAAAGUGGUAGCAAGACAGUCUUUAAUUGCUUCAUACGACAAAAAGGAAGGAGUACCUCGUGAUUUUCUUUGUUGGCUACAGCAGGAUCUAAGUUUGCCAGCAAUUCGACAGAAAUUAAGAGUAACAAGCUUUCAACUGGAUAGAGAGGAUCAAAAAUAUCGUCCAGAACGUCACAAAAUUCUUGGUCCUGAUUUGGCAACAGCUCAUUUCAUUGUUAAAAGGAAAGGUGCUGUAAAAUUUGUUGGCCAUGAUUCUUGGUUUCGUCUGAAUAAAGCUGGGAGGUACAAUCUUCCUAACAGAAGAGUUGAUGGUAUGGAACUGGAAGCAGUGGAUGCAUCAGGUACAAAACUGAUGUCUGCAGGGUUUGAAAAUUUUGUUGACUUAGAAAACCUACGAUACUUAAAUGUCAGCAACUGUGUCAACAUGGAUGACUGGUGCCUGGCCUGUUUUCACCAGUUUGCAGAUACACUGGAGUUUCUCGACAUCAGUGAUUGCCCACAGAUAACAGAACGAGGCAUAGCCUGUCUGCACCACCUGAAGCAUCUUCAAGCUUUGAAAAUGAAAAAUCUCCCCAAAGUAGAAAAUCCACAACUUGUGAUUCUUAUGUUGGAAGAGCUUCUACCAAACUGCAAAAUAUUUGGACCUGAUUAUAACACAAUACACAAUGAAUUGGAAACCGAUGGUCAGAUAAAUCAGUCUGGUGUUAUCACACAAGAUUCUCAUACAGCACAGCCUGAAACACAGGUCCAGAGAUGAUAUUGGUGAGAGAUGAGCAGGGACUCUUGACCGUGUUUUUAUCAGUUUUUUUUGUGGAUGUACAUACAUGUAUGUGAGUGUAAUUAAGUUAAAAAUGAAAUAAAAACUGAAAAUUAA